CCUUGGGACGAAUGAGCAACAAUACAGAUUCCCAAUGGUUUUGUGUGAUGCUGUUUUCAGUCGUCCGCCCAGUGGGAGGAUCAACCUUUAUUAGUCAGGUUCACGUCCGACAGACUUCAAAGCUGAUCCAGAGACGCUGGUUAAACCUUCCUGCUGCUUGUUCUUCACCGAGCUGCUAAAAUGGAACAAAACAGAGCUCCUCCACCUCAGCAGGAUACAACUGUUGCAGUGAAGCGUAACACGAACACAUUCGAAGGGAGUGUCACCUGCGACUCACAAACUGCUGCCAAAGUCACCAUGAGAACAGACUUGACGUAUCCCGAGAAGUUAACCAUCGCUCUGCUUGGAAAGAAGAUUGACAUGAAGAACAUGAUUGGAAACAUGAUCCUCAAUGAGCAAGAUCAUUUUAAAUCAAACUCCGACAACCUGGCGAUGGGAGAGAACAGCUCAUUCUGCGUCAUCAAUACACCUGACUUCUUUGACACGGAAUGUCUGAGCUCGGACCAGCGCAUUAUUGACUUCAUGGCCUUCUCUCAUCCAGGCCUCGAUCUGUUCAUACUGGUCGUAGAUUCAGAAAACACCGAAGAGGAAAAAGUUUUUGGUCAAAUCACUAGACUUCAGGACAUCUUUGGAGAACAAAUCACAUCACACUUAGUCGUCAUGUUGCCAAACUGUGAAAGUUUACAAGCAAAUGAUCAUCUGAAGGAAAUGUUCGAAAUGCCCAUAGUCGUCCCCACCGACAAUCUGCCCAUCCAGUGCAGGAAGUGGUGUCCGACACGUGAUUCCUUCGUGUUUGAGUACAAAGACUACAGUCAAGAUGUUGUGUUACGAAGAAAGGCAGCCUUUGAGAAGAUGAGAUCCAACCUCGAGCAUAACCAUGGGAGGGAAGGUGCUGCAGCAACCGGUCAGUCCACCUUGCAGGGUGACUUUGCUACAGCUCCUCAGAUAAGUACCAGCAUCCUCGCAGUGCAGGACAGCUGCUUUAACAUCAUUUUUCUGGGACUAACUGGGACCGGAAAGAGUUCAUCUGCCAACACCAUCCUGGCUUAUGGAAAGUCCAAGCAGGAAAUAACGCCAUUUAAAUCGGAGGCGAGCUCCAUCCCCAUCACCCGCUGCUGUGACAUCAGAUUAAUGAACAAGACGUUCGGGUUGCCUGUGAGACUGGUGGAUACUCCGGACUUCUUUCACGACGAUCUCAGAAACCCAGAGGUCCAUAUAAAGGAGUGUAGGAGGUACUGUCAGCGAGGCCAGUGUGUGGUGCUACUCGUGAUACAGCUGGGCCGGUUCACGGAUGAAGAGACAGGGAUUUUACAGAGGCUGGAGAAAAGGUUGGGCUGGAAGAUCAGGGAGGAAACAAUCCUGCUGCUGACGCACAAAGACGACCUGAGAGAAAAUCUGUCACAGCACGUUCAAAAACAUCCUAAACUUAAUGAGAUAGCUCAAAUGUGCAGUUACCGUAUUCAUACAUUUGACAACAAGACCAAGGACAAAAGGCAAGUCCUGGAGCUCUUUAGGAAAAUUCCAUGCUAUGAAAACCGUUUCCCUAAGAUCGCCAAAAAAGAAGAAGAUAUCUGCAUGAUGUGUUAGAACGGCUACGUGUGCUCAUCAGUGCAAACUCUAAACGUACAAAUGACAAAGUAGUCAUACUCUGGCCACUUAUGGGAAUAGUUCUCCAAAAUCUUUAAUUCCCUCAUUAUCAACUCAUUAUCAACUCACCCACACUACUUCAGCCAAAUCCACAAGUAAACAGAUUCUUUAAACGUAAAACAUAACAUGCCUCCGCACUGCUCCUGUGGUGUCAUCCAAGUGUUCGUAAGCCCCGAUGUUCAAAUUCAACACCAAACGUCUUUCAGCCUAAAUAUCCUCUGUUAUCCUGCUCCAGAGCCUCGUUCACGUACACACACACACAAGCUUGCGCCUCUGCAGCUAUCGCGAGUUCUCGUGGAUCUCGUCGCAUCAAAUUUGACACGAAAGACGAACAACUUUGUUCACGUACGUAACGAGAACGUGACUCAGCAGAGCUCAAACCUUCACCAAGGCCCAACAGUCCCUUAAAUUCAAUCAAACCGCACCAAAUUACUCACACUCAUAGAAAUCGCUCCUUUAAAUACAUGUUUUUAUCCAUAUUAUUAGGACUCAGUAUUUUUUGCUGUCUGGGGUGAAAACAUGAUCUCUGUGGUGGAGGGAAUAAUAAAUUCUGUUCCUCUAUUUUACUGUGUCACACUCUUUGUAUUACCUGUGUCUCUUUAUGCAAAUAUACUGAAAAUAUACACAAGUAAUCUUACAUCUUACUUCAGUCUUUAUAUUUCAUCCUUCUCAAACUGCUCAGUUAUUACUGUGUGACGUCUCUGUUGAUUGUCAGUGAGGCAG